AUGUUGAGCAACUCCGCGUCAGGGCCUUUGGCCCACGAGGCCGGCUCUGCACAGCUAACGUUGCAGCAGACAUCCAUGCAAGAAGACCAAGAAAACAUCAACCCAGAAAAUGUGGCGCUGAUCCAGCAACCCCGUACUCGAGCCCGCCUGGCAGUAUUGAAGGCGGGGAACUCGCAGGGUCUAGCACCACAGCAGAAGCCGAAGACACGACGGGCUGCGCCUCUUAAGGAUAUUUCUGUAAAUGAUGAGAAUGUGAUUGUACCUUCCUGGAAAGCAAACAGCAAACAGCCUCCAUUCACCAUUCAUGUGGAUGAAGCAGAAGAAAAGACUCAAAGAAGGCCAGCUGAAUCUAAAAAAAUUGAUCCAGAAGAUGCCUUGGCUUUUAAUUCAGCUGUUACUUUACCUGGACCAAGAAAACCCCUGGUCUCCCUUGAUUGUCCAAUGGAUGAUAGUUUCGAGUCACCUCAUACAAUGGACAUGUCAAUUGUAUUAGAAGACGAAAAACCAGUGAGUGCUAAUGAAGUACCAGACUACAUUGAAGACAUUCACACGUACCUUAGAGAAAUGGAGGUUAAAUGUAAACCUAAAGUGGGUUACAUGAAGAAGCAACCAGACAUCACUAACAGUAUGAGGGCUAUCCUUGUGGACUGGUUAGUGGAAGUAGGAGAAGAAUAUAAGCUACAGAAUGAGACGUUGUACUUGGCUGUAAACUACAUUGACAGAUUCCUUUCAUCGAUGUCUGUAUUGAGAGGAAAACUUCAGCUUGUCGGCACUGCUGCUAUGCUUUUAGCCUCGUAAUUUGAAGAAAUAUAUCCUCCAGAAGUAGCAGAAUUUGUAUACAUUACAGAUGACACCUAUACCAAGAAACAAGUUCUGAGAAUGGAACAUUUAGUUUUGAAGGUCCUUGCUUUUGAUUUAGCAGCACCAACAAUAAAUCAGUUUCUUACUCAGUACUUUCUACAUCAGCAGUCAGCAGACUGCAAAGUUGAAAGUCUAGCCAUGUUUCUGGGAGAAUUAAGUUUAAUAGAUGCCGAUCCAUACCUGAAGUAUUUACCGUCAGUUGUUGCUGCUGCAGCCUUUCAUAUAGCACUCUACACAGUCAGGGGACAGAGCUGGCCUGAGUCUUUAGUACAGAAGACUGGAUAUACCCUAGAAAGUCUUAAGCCUUGUCUCAUGGACCUUCAUCAGACCUACCUCAGAGCACCACAGCACGCACAGCAGUCAAUAAGAGAAAAAUAUAAAAAUUCCAAGUAUCAUGGUGUUUCUCUCCUCAAGCCUCCAGAGACAUUAAAUGUGUGA